UUGCCGGAAUAAUAUCGUUCCUGUAAAGAUGCGAAUAUAUGAUGUACUUAAUGCUGAAAUCAAGUUUAUAAUGAUAGCAACAUUAAGAUUACAACUUUAUGUGGUUGGAUUUAUUCAAAUCGUUAUGGUUACAUCGUUGGUCCCAGGAUGUGAAGAAGAUUCAGUUGAACCGUUAGAUCUAAGGGAGAAAAGUAGAUAUUCGAACAAGAGUAAUAAUUAUUUCAACAUUGCGGUCCAUUUGGGAAUAAUCGAUCCCAGCAAACAUUGCACAAAGUUAUUCUUAAGACAAGAGAAUCUCUUCAAAACUACCCUCAGACUAUACAAUAAAUUAAACGGGAUUAGGCCUGUUAAUUACGCGGAGUGGCUCUUAUUAAAUAACUACGGAGUAUUGCACGAUAAUCAGAUGUCGGUCCUUCUACCCAAAACGCACAGAUUGUCAUCAGAAUCAUCAAAGAAAAAAUUUGUGGAAAGUGUCAGGAAAGGAGAUAUUUUGAUCACAGGAGAUGACACUGGCAGUCCUUGGAUUGGGCACUCAGCACUGAUGGCAACUAAUAAGUAUGUCAUAGAUAUGCCCGGUGGCCCUGGGGCUUCCGACGGCAUAGAGGACAAUAAUAGGCGCCUAACUGCGGCCGCUUGGUAUGACAAAUUCAGUUCUAGUGACAUGACGGUGUAUAGAUGUUUUAACAAGACAGUUGUCAAAAAUGCAGCGGACUGGGCUUACCGUAACUACUAUAACCCAAAAGGCGGUGACAAGAAGACUAUACAUACAAAAUACCUCGCUACGCCAUCUUUCCGUUCAUUGAACCCUAGCUAUAGUUCUAAGUUGGUGAUUCAGGCUUUUUACUUCACUAACAAGAAUGUAUUAUAUCCUUUUUCUGACGAGAGCAUAAUUUUUCCAAUUAAUAUUCCAGUUUAUUUCAAUUACGCUUGUCCAAUGCUAAUUGUGGGGACUUUUUGAAUACCGAACGUACG